GUCUGCCGAGCGCGAGGCAGGGGUUUUUGUCUCGCAGGGCGACGCGGUGUGUUCCUCAGAGGGCUCGCGCACACCGGAGGAGCAACAGCGGCAGCAGCCCAGCGAGAAGAAAGUGACUGAAAACUAGCCGACCGUGGUCUUCUGUGCGCUCCGGCCUCUUCCUGCUCGGACACAGAGACAUUUCAACGAGGCGACGCAAAAGUUAUAUCGGCGGCGAGAAUUGUAUUCAAAGCAGAAGUACUAUGGAGGACCAGCUGCUGUGCUGCGAGGUGGACUCCAUCAGGAGAGCCUACCAGGACGUCAACCUGCUCAACGACCGAGUUCUCCACACCAUGCUGAAGGCAGAGGAAAACUACCUGCCGUCGCCAAACUACUUUAAGUGUGUUCAGAAAGAAAUUGUACCCAAAAUGAGGAAAAUAGUUGCCACCUGGAUGUUAGAGGUCUGCGAGGAACAGAAAUGUGAGGAGGAGGUUUUUCCGCUGGCUAUGAACUAUUUGGACAGAUUUUUAUCAGUGGAGGCCACCAGGAAAACAAGACUACAGCUGCUCGGAGCUACAUGCAUGUUUCUAGCAUCCAAGAUGAAGGAGACUGUGCCCUUAACGGCGGAGAAACUGUGUAUCUACACGGACAACUCGGUCCAGCCCGGAGAACUGCUGCAAAUGGAGCUACUCGUUCUCAACAAGCUGAAGUGGGAUCUGGCUUCAGUCACUCCUCAUGACUUCAUCGAGCAUUUCCUGUCCAAGCUGAAGAUACACCAUUCUACCAAGCAGAUCCUCAGGAAACAUGCCCAGACCUUUGUGGCCCUCUGUGCUACAGAUGUCAACUUUAUUGCCAGUCCUCCCUCCAUGGUGGCUGCAGGCAGUGUGGUGGCAGCUGUUCAAGGUCUCUACCUGAAGAGCCAAGAUGCCUCUUUGUCCUCCCAGAACCUCACCAAUUUCCUGUCGCAGGUCAUUCGCAGUGACCCGGACUGCUUGCGGUCAUGUCAAGAGCAGAUUGAGUCUCUGCUGGAGUCGAGCCUGCGGCAGGCUCAGCAGCACAGCAGUACAACAGAAACCAAACGCGUGGACGAGGACGUGGACCUGUCCUGCACGCCGACAGACGUUAGAGACAUCAACAUCUGAGAUGACUCACAGCUACGUUGCACAGUGACCCAAUGAUCGAGGGAAAGUUGUCGUCAAAGGGCGGUGACGGGUGGGCCGGGGAGGGGGUGCCUCAUUUGAACUCAUCCUCCCCUCCUCCUUCUCCAUUUUCCUGGUGGGCUGCUAUCAUGGCCGACAUGUCACCCACAUGCCCACUGUUCUCUAUGGCUGCUAAGACGAGACAGAGCGCCCCCCCGUCCGCCACGCAACCUACCCCAUGUCACAUUUCCUGCCAGUGUCCCCUCCCUUCCUGGGUACAGAAAUGAACACUACAGAAAUGUACUAGAGAGAAAAGACACUGAAUACCGAUGACCUGCGUGGGCUGGAGUUGAAGCCACAGAAGCAGAUAUUUUAGUAGAUAUUUUUUCUUAUUCCCUCACAUAUUAAACUAGGAAUCUUUAAAUUUCCGCAGACUCAGCAUGCCUACUAAAACAUCCCAAAGUGUCAUGUACAGGUCUUUGUAGUCUGUCUUCAGGCUUUCACCUGAAACCUGACAUUUAUUAAAGCAAAGAAGCUGUUCUGUUUUAAUUUCUUUUCUGUUAUAUCUAGAAUGAUUUAGGCUUCUUGUCCAAGUUCCCAUGUUUGUCUUGUAGUGCAGACAUUCAUAUACCCCUGCUUGCUUAUGUUUAGUCACUUUAUUAUAUAUCAUUUUAGACUUUAUCAGUUGGUCUUAUACCUCUUCUUUUCCAAGCUUUUUGUUCUUUAAAGCAAGUGUAGUGUGUGACGCUCUGGUUUUAUGACCUUAGAGACUGUGGACUGCUAAUGUAAAGGUUUGAACAAACUGAAUAUCUUUGUUCAUUCCUUGACAACAUUCGCUUUACCCAUUUCAGCUUGCUGUAAUUUGAUAAGAUCAAAUCAAUGCUCACAUAAGCAGAGCAGUCCACAAUCUGUUGUUAUAUUUUCUUCCUCUGUGUAGUUAGACCUAAUACCAUUCCAACUUUGUUUUCUAAAAAAAAGCACUUUUGGUCAGCGAUGCUGGCUCAACUAGAAAAUCACAGUGAUAAAGUUUGUAAAAGAACAUGAAAAUGGAAUGGGGGUUUGAGCUGGAGUCUCUUGGUGAGGCAGAGUCAAAGCAGCACCUGCAGACAGUUGCAUCUGGAUCCGACUCAUCUAAUGGGACAAAGAAUUGACCAGUAUCGCAGAAACACGCAAAACCAAGACUGAAUGCUGCUUGGCAUAGUCAUGAGUCUCAUAGUGGCCAGUGACUCACUGUAGCUGCCUUCCAAAUCUCAGAUUAGAGUUUUACUUUAGCAAUGUUUCAUACAGGCAGAGCUGCUCUGACAUUUUAAGGAAAUGUCACAGGUCUAGGUGAACCUCAGUGUGCUGAGCCAAAAGCUGAAGGUCCAGAGGUAAAAGUAAAAAAAGUAUUAUUUUUAUAGUUAAAAUAAUGCUUUAUUUUUAUAUAGUAAAUCAUAUUAUUUAUUUUUGUAGCUUGAAAGGGACCGUGGCUCCACCUACUGACGUUUAUCUCAAACAGUGAACUCACGUCUGCCUCCAGAGCAGCCUUUCAGUCUAGAAAUAUGGCAAAAGUAAAACUCCAACCUGCCUCUAAAUCACCAGGACAGCAUCUCCUCUGAUGCUCCACCUCGGUUCAGACACUGCUCAUGGAUUAUGGGAAGGGGAUGAAGCUUAAAAAAAAAGAAGAAAAAAAAAGGAGAGACGAGACUAUUGACGUGAUUUGCACAAACCUAAAAGACGUGGGCUGCGUUUCUUGGGGAAUUGCCUAAAUGAGGUGGAGAGCAAAGCUGGCAACAGUACCAAGGGGUAAAAAGUGGCAAAAAGGGUGAAGGCUCACCAGUGAGGUGUGUCUUAUUGCUGUAGAGUUCAAGUCAGGGCUCCUACACAGAAUGGGAAAUAUGUUGUGGCCAGAUUGAUAUAUAUACUAUAUAUAUGAAGAUGAACAGAUUAUCUUAAGCAAGAGGGCUUCUUCAAAUCAGUGUGGAAAAUGGACUGAAUUCUGUGAGUAUGUCAAACUGUGUAGGAACCCUGUAAAUUAGGUUUCUGAUUGUACAUUAAAGAUAGAGAGAGUAGGAGAAAAACACUCCUUGUAUUCCGCUGCUAUAGAAGAUAAAUCCCAGCUACGUGUUUUAAAAAAAGAAAAAGAAAAAAGAUGUCAAAAAACGUAAUGGAUUAAAAACAAUGCUUUUCUCCUGUUGUUUGCUGCUACAUUUUGGUUGUUUUUUUUAUACAUAUAAAUGUCAAUAUAUUGCCAUCCUAGGUUUGAAUUUUCUCAUAGAAAAUUGUGUUAUUGACAUCCUCAUUUGUUGUUUUGUGUAGAUUUUAUGUGAUCAGUUUUUUUUUUUUGUUUAUAAUUACGUAAUAUGAUUUUCCAUACUAUUCCAAAAACAAGGAAAAAUGAGACAAUGUACAGUAAUGCUUUGAUCCACAAUACCUCAUGUGACAGUCAAGAUCUAUCUCUAAUUUGUAGUCUUUUUAUUUGUUUAGUUCUUAUUCUAUUCUACUUGUUGGUUCAGUGCCUACUAGCUCUGUUAAACCUGCUUGAGGUGAAGCAUCCAUGAUGGAAACCAGCGAGUCCAGGGCAUGCUUUGAUACUGGUGCCAUAACAGAAAAUGGGAUAUGUAUAACUCUGUUGAGUGUUAAGCUGUCUCGGUGAAAGAGACUUUAUCCCCCCUUUAGGCCCAUAGUGGCCUUUCUUCCUUUCCCCUUUUUAUAUUUAUAAAAGAGAAAAAGCUUUUUGCUCCAAUUUUCAAACUGUCAGUGAGUUGAUUUGAGUUUGUAAAUAGAUUCAGUGUCAUGCUCAGUAAGCCAUAGACUGUUUUUGUUCUGUUUUCACAAAUCAUUCCACACAGUUGUGUCUACUUCAUGCCAGUUGUCUGCAACUGGGACAAACAGUGUAUUCAUCUUUGUGUCGACAACACAAUAAAAACAUGAAUUAGAUGGA